AACUUGUGGCCAUCUUCCUAUGGGAACACAACCCUAAGCCACCAAACCUAGCUUUGAAACAGAUUUAUUCUUGUGUGUGUGUGUGUGUGUGUGUGUGUGUGUGUGUGUGUGUGUGUGUGUUCAGGGGUUCACAAAGAGGCCAGAAGUGCAGGGUGGGUCGUCUGGUGCUUAUGAGCCUCUGGAGGUCAGUGCUGGGAACUAACCUUUGAAGGAGCAGCGAGUGCUCUUAACUGUUGGGCCUUGUCUCCAGUCCCCUGCUUGUUAUUUACCUGGUGUUUUCUCAAGAUGGGGUUUCUCUGUAUCUCUGGCUGUCUUGGAACUCACUCUAGACCAGGCUGGCCUUGAACUCAGAGAGAUCCGUUUCUGCCUCCGGAGUGCUGGGAUUAAAGGCGUGGGCCACCACUGCUUUUAUUAUUCUUUACUGAGGAUGUAUUGAGUCCUACAUAACUUUUAAGCAACUUUUACAUAGAACUGAUUAAUCCUCACUGAUGCCUUUAAGAGUGAGUAUUUGCAAGGCUGGGUGAGGCACAAAUUUGGUAGUCCCAGACCUUGGGAGGCAGAAAUAGGAGAAUCUUCAGUUGAAGGCCAGCCUGGAAUACAUAGUGAGACCCCAUUGGGGGAAAAAAAAAUAGAGGCUGGAGUGACGGCUACAUGGUUAAGAGCACUUGGGUUUGGUUCCCAGCACCCACAUGACGGUUCACAACCAUCCGUAACUCUUAAUUCCAGAGGAUCAUAGGCACAAGGCACACACUAGGUUCACAUACACACGUAUGUGAGAGGCAGGCAAAACAAUCAUGCACAUAAAAUAAAUUUCAAGUAUCAUUACUCGGACCCCAAUUACAUAGAUGGAAAACCAAUUUGGCAGGAACAUGGUCUGGUUAAGGGCGAAGUCAAACCCAAGUCCUGCCUGCCUGCCCCUCCCCUCGCACGCAGUUUCUCAAUGGCGCCUGCUCCUUCUUUCAAAGACCUAGAGAGGCAGAGGAUGAGCAGCACAGGAGGCCAGUGUGAUGUGGAAGGAGGGUCUACCCGUAGUGGGAGAGUGGGUGUGCGGGUGUGCUGACAUUCUAACCCUAAGGUGAAAGGCACCAAGAUGGAUGAGCUUUGCGGUCUGGGGUGAUUAAAGAGCAAAGGGCAGCCAGGCGUGGCACACGCCUGUCAACCAACACAAGGAAGGAGGAAGCAGGACCAAGAGGCCAGCCUGAACUACAUUACAUACCGAGACCCUGCCUCAAAAACAAAGAAUUUAAAAAACAGAGAGUGAAAAAAAAAAGAGAGAGUGGAAAGGAAAACAGGUUGCCUUUUGCUUUUAUGUUCCCGAGAGCAGGGACACUCAAGCGUCCCGCGACCUCGGGGAUCCUAAUCUCAAGCUGUGAAAUUUACAACCCUGGACAAGCUACCUGAGGGGCGCGCGUGGCGGACUGCCGAGCCAAUCGGAGCGCCGAAACUCCUUCGCACGAGAAUGUGAUUGGAUAGAGGCUGGGGGGGCGGGAGGAGGCACCCUCGGGGCGGAGCCUGUCCCAAGCGGAAGGGGGUACGCGCCCGGGGUCCCCAGGCGAAGCUGCGAUGGAUGGGGCCACGGUGGCCGGCGACCUGCUGACUUUGGGGUACGGUGCCCUCCCGGAGGCGGCGGCGUCUCGGGGCCCCGCGUGUGCGGACUUCAGGGCGCUGUGCGCGCGGCUGGCGGCGGAGCUGACGGCUCUGGGAGCUCUGGAGCGGCGAGAGGAGGGCACCGCAGUGCUGGGCGCUGGCCAUGGCCCCGAGUCAGAGGAAGAAUUCCUGCGGCAGUUGGCCGGCCUUCUCCGGGCGUUGCACUGCCCGGAUCGCGCGCUCUGCGGCGGAGACUGCGCCACCGUGCUGCGGGAGCCCGGCGGCGGCCUGCGCCUGCUGCGGUUUCUUUGCUCCGAGCUCCAGGCUGCCCGCCUUUUGCGUCUGCGGCUCCGGCUAGAUCCUAGCCCUGUGCAGUCCUGUGGAGAAGGGACAAAGGAGGGAAAUGGCGCGGUUCAGGAGCUGAUGCUAACUCUUCAAGCACUGGGGCUCCCUAAACCCGUGCGUGGAACCCUGGCCAGCCAGCUACUUCGGGAGUUUCACAACAAGAUCUCUGAGCUGCUGCCUUCCCUGCCCCCAGAGUCCAUGCAGCCCCUCCUUAGUUCCCCACUGGAUGCAUCACAAUGGGAAGCCCUGGAGUCUCUGUCCCAAAGCCUGACAGAACAGUACUGCUGCCGCCGCUGCCUUCUUCUGAAGCGUCUGGACCUUACAACGUCUGCUUUCCACUGGGGUGACCGUGCAGAGGCCCAAGGAGAGGCCAUGAAGGCAGUGCUAUUCCCAAUCCGAGGACUUCUGACUCCAGAAGCUGACGUCUCUGUUGCACAUGUUCUGGCUGCCCGAGCUGACCUUUCCCGUCUGGUCCCAGCUACCAGUGUGGCUGCCCGCCGAGGGACCAGCUGUGCCAUCAAUAAGCCGCUACCCACCCUUGUCACCUGAGUAGAUUAUGACUGCUAUCAUUUCUCUGUCAACACUGAAAACGAGUCAGUGUCCACCGGGCAUGGUGGCUCAUGCCUUUAAUCUCAACACUCUGGAAGGGAAGGCAAGAUGACGUUUGAGGCCAGCCUGCGCUACAAAGUGAGUCGGUUAGCUUUUGCCGUCUUGACACAAACUAGAGUCACCUGGGAAGAGGGACCGUCAACUGAAGAACUGCUUCCAUCCAAUUGACCUGUGGACAUGUCUUGAUUAAUGACUGAUGUUCUCUCCUUCAGUUCCUGCCUCCAGGGUCCUGCCUGACUUCUUCCAAAAACUGAACUAUGCAAGUCAAACAAACCCUUGCUCCCCCAGGCUGAUUUUGGCCAGUGUUUUAUUACAGAGAGAAAGCAAACUAGGACACAUAGUGAGACACCGUCUCAAAAAAUUUUUUCCCUUUUCUAAAUUAGGUCUCUAACCUCCCAUCCAGGUGACUGUGGAUUUCUAUAUGGUUUCACUUUUCCGUGAUUCCCAGAUCUGUCUGGUUUUUCCAGGCAAAUGGCC